AUGAGCAAUUCAGCACAAUCUUCUCUAAAUGAGGAGGCAGCUAAGAUUUUGGAACGACUAAUAGCGCUCACUGCUAAAGCCUCAGCCAUUGUGGGCAAUUUGAUCAAAUUGCUCGAGUUGUUCAACAGGCAGUACAAGCUACGAGAGCGGGUCGGGUAUUGUGACUACGAAAUAGCAUACGUCUCAUAUGUUGUCAUGAAAACUUAUCUAGACCACUCCAAGGCCAAGAUCCUUGCCAAGAGCAAGGAUCUAUACACGGACUUGUUCAAGUCGAUAGAGGCGAGAGAAACGGAGUUCAAUAUUGUGGCGAAUAACAUCAAGGGCAAAGAAGAUACGGAUCCUUUAAAGGCGAGGCUAAAUGCUCUCAAGGGAGUUGAGCCGACCCGAAGCUCAUCAACAUACAAAAGCUCCAUCCUGCCGUCUGAGUUGGAGCGGCUCAUAACGAAAGGAGAAGAAAAGUGUUUACUUAUAGAUUAUAGACUUAAAAAAGAUUAUUUAAACAACCACAUCAAGUAUGCGCACUUGGUCAACAUCGAUCCAAGUAUAGUGCAUUCACUACCGGAAGACGCCAACGACGCGGACUUGGAAAGUGCAUUGAGGUACAAGAUAUCCUAUCGGCAAUUACAAAUUUUCCAAGAACGGCACAAAUAUGAAUACGUGGUGAUGUACAACUACAAGUAUGGAGCAGCAGGGAAUGACAGAUUUGCCAAUAUCUUGUUUGAUCUAGAACUGAACCAAGAGUAUCCCUUCACGCGCUUAGUGGACUUGUUGAUGUUUCGCAACAAGUAUCUAAGUUCGCGUCUCAAAGUGAUGCCCAGUUUUCUUUCCGGUGGGGUGUAUAACUGGUACACUGCGUUUGGCGAGGAGCUGCUCGAGAAACUGGACGAGAAAAGCAAUAGCAGCUUCUCCAAUGGAGCAACGUAUUCGACUUCGUUUGUAGACUACUUGGCGAAACUGAAGGACAACUCGACUUCAACUGAGGUGCUUGGUAUCCCCCUUGUUCAUGAUGAAGCUCCAGCAAAUGUGGUUAGCGUACCUAAAAGGUCAAAACCCUCAACGUCGAUUGGGAUGCAACCUUACAUACCAGCACCAGCACCAGCACCAGAAUAUAAAAAGUCAAAUACCAACACCAAUAUCACCACCACCACAAAAACCUCCUCCGCAUCCAGUUCUGAGCCAAGCGAGGUUAAAACGCCCAAGUCAAACAUUUUACAAGAGUUUACCACGGGGUUGGUGAAUCUCGGUAACUCAUGCUACAUGAAUUGCAUGUUGCAGUGCUUAGUUGCUGCGCCUGAAUUGUCCUCGUUUUUUUUCCCGUCCAUCACAUUCAAGGACUCAUACAAACAACACAUCAAUGUCAACAAUAAACUAGGCACACAGGGGAGACUCACGAGUGGGUUUGUCGAGUUGAUGUUGAACAUGCUAAAAAACAACGGCAAAGUUUUCAGCCCCAGCAAGUUCAAGGCAAUUGUCGGCAGUAUUUCGCCAGGAAAGCAAUUUGCCACUUGCGACCAACAAGACUGCGUCGAGUUUUUGGAGUAUUUGCUUGACGGCUUGCACGAGGACUUGAACCAGAUGGCGGUGUUGGAUUCAAAAGAAAAGCAGAAAAUAACCGAAUUGACUCCCGAACAAGAACAGUCGAGAGAAAUACUUCCCAUUAGAUUAGCCUCUACUAUUGAGUGGGAACGGUAUCUCAAGUUGAAUUUUUCCAUAAUUGUGGAUAAACUCCAAGGGCAGUACUUGUCACGACUCAAGUGUUUAGAAUGUGGCUUCACUUCUACAUCAUACAAUGCAUUUUCAAUAUUGAACUUGCCCAUACCAAAGAGACUCGACGGCGCACAAAAAAAAGUGACAUUACAGGAUUGCCUUGACGGGUUCAUCACCACCGAGCUUCUCGAUGAUAACAACAAAUGGUACUGUCCAAAGUGCAAAAGGUUUACAAAAUCAACAAAGACAAUUGCCAUCACGAGACUACCCCAGAUCUUGAUUAUAAACUUCAAGAGGUUCAAACUCAAUGAAUACGACAACCUGUUUAAAAAAUUAGAGACAUUUGUAGCUUAUCCCGUGACUGAUGUGCUCGAUCUAACCAAAUACUGGUCGGGAGUCGGAUCAACCUUGGCUGAAACUUUGCCUGAGCACAGAAUGACCCCGGAACAAGAACAGGAGAGAUUGAACAAUUUGCCAAAACGAAACCAGGAACCGCCAUUCAAAUAUAAGCUAUUUGGCGUCGCUAACCAUUUUGGCAAUCUCACCACGGGGCACUACACCGCGUAUGUUUACAAGAAUGAUACCAAGCAGGCGAAGAAGUGGUGCUAUUUUGAUGAUUCCAAGGUGACGUUUAAUGUCCUGCCAAGUCAGGUAAUGAACAAGAAUGCGUACUGUCUAUUCUUCCACAGGGUAUAA